AUGGACAAGCUGUCCGAGGUAGUGUAUCGGGUGCAGAAUGGGCGGAAAACUGUGGUGGUCCAUCGGGACCGGCUGGCACUGUACCAGCCCAAAAAGAUGGUGCUCAUUGCACCGGAGGAAAAUGUGACUCUGAGCCAGAUCACCAGGCACGUGGAGAGCAACUGGCAGAGUCAGUCCACAGAUGAUGAAGCAAAAAGACAAACAACAAUUUCUUCAUCAUCAUCAACAUCUACGUCCACAUCCACCUCAUCGGCAUCUUCAUCCGAGAAAAAGAAAUCCAAGAAAAGGAGAAAAUACAACAAAAAGGAUAAGAAAAGGUCUUUCACCAAAAAGAAAACAAAAAGACAAAGAACACUAACUUCAUCAUCUUCAUCAUCGUCCACAUCCACGUCAUCAUCGUCUUCAUCUGACAAAAAGAAAUCCAAGAAAAGGAGAAAAUACAACAAAGACAAGAAAAUGUCUUUCGCCAAAAGAAUGACCACACCCGACCAGGUCAUCCACAGAUAUGGGUAUGUUCUAAAGACAUACCAAAACUGCCUCUCUGUAAGACAUGCCUUAAAAAAGCACCAUGUGGAAAAGACAACAAUGGCCUUGACAAGCAUCAUAGCAGAGGUGAAAAUUGCUUCAGAGGGGGAAAACUUCCCUGUUCCUCUGUACAAAGAAGGGACAACCCUUAAGGAGUUCACGGUUAAAUUAAAAAGAUUGGUGGAAUCCUGCCCAGCACUAAACAGCAAAAUUGCGGAACUGAAACGUUGCAACAAACUCCUCCCGUUGAAGUGGAAAUUCAGAUAAAUGAAAGUUGUUUUGUUUAAAAUGUAAAUAGUUCAUAUUUUUGAUUUAGGAAA